AUGAGCGCGGCGGCAGGCCCUCAGCGGCGGGGGUCGUCCUCCCGCCCGACCUCCGCCUCCUCCCGGCCGCCCUCUUCGGCCUCGCGCCCCACCUCGGCCCCUUCGCGCCCGACCUCCGCGGCCUCCAGGCUCUCCGCGCCCGCCCGCCCGCUGCUUCGGUCCCAGACGCAGGCGGAGACAGCGGCUGGGUCCGGCCCGCCCACGCCCCUGCCCGCUCAGGUGGACGACCCCGGAGACUACCAUGCCCUCCUGUACGACCUGGACGCCCGCGGCCACUACUUCAUCCCGCCCGUCAUCCCGCCCCUGUAUGACCGCGCCGUGGCCGCCCCCACGCCCAUGUCCACGAGAUGCAACACGCCCGUGUGGGACCUCGACGGGGAGAAGAGAGUCCGAUUCCUGGAGCCGGAGGUGGUGGGAGACACCCCCUCCCGCCCCCCCAGCGUCACCUCCCAGUACUCGCAGGUCCUCAAGAACUCCGCCCGCUUCUUGUUCCAGCCUUCGCAGGCGCUGACGGGCGACCCAGGCGGCCACAACCCCCGCUACUGCAACUGCCCUUGCCACUUCUUCCCGUCGGGGCGCAAGAGCGUGGGGAUACAGGUCAAAAGGACGGACCCGGAGCCACCCCGCCCACGCCACUACCGGCUCUUCUUCACGCCCACGAUGAGGGGCCUCGAGCAGGUCAACUUCGGUACAAAGUCGGUCAGCUUGGCCACGCGGGCGGUCUUCUCCCAGGUGGGGCUGGCGGUGCUGGUGGUGGCGUGGUGGGUGGCGGGGGCGGCCAUCUUCUCGACCGUGGAGGGGGCGGCGGAGAGCAAGACCGUGGACAGGAUGGCCUCCCUGCGCACGGACCUGGUGCUGGGUCUGGCCACGGAGCUGCGCCAGGUGCUGCCGUACGACCUGGUGUGGAGGACCAAGAUCGAGACGUACAUGGGGCGCCUGGAGAAUGCGGUGCUGGACGCGGCGCGAGCGGGCUACGCCUCCAGGGCCCCGACGUGGACCAUGUCGGGGGCGCUGCUGUACUCCGCCUCGCUCACCACGCUCGUCGGUCCCGGCGGCAUGACCCUCAGGACAGGCUUCAGCAGAAUCUUCGCCGUCCUGUUUUCCCUCGGGCGCGCCCUCUCGUCCUUCUCCUGGCGAUCAGCGGGCCUUCACCCUCCGGAGAGCUGGCAAGGCAUGGGCGGCGUAGGCAAUGCAGGAAUAGCGGGGCGGCAGAGCCCGGUGUCCGACGGUCGCGGCCAGGAGAGCUCCGCGGGAGCAGUGACGGAGCGGCAGGGCGCUCCGCGAUCGCCGACACAGGACGCCAGCAGCGAGUCUGGACUGGCAUCAACGCCGCUCGACGACAUCCGCGGGGCGUCCCUCGGAGCAGCGCCUUCGGAGCCGACGCGACUGACGCUGUCCCUCGGCGGCCCAAACAGGUUGAUACUACCUCCUAUCCGCCCCACGCUCGCGACGCCCCAAGACUGGCCCCGUGGGUGUGCCUGGGCGAGAGCAGACUCUGGUCCUCAACAAGAUCAUCGUACCUUACGUGCUGUACAUGCCUUCUGGGUUCGAGCUUGCCACCAAGCCUCUCGUAAAUGUUGCGUGAUGAGCGUGUGGCGCCUCGCUGUGUCGCCUCGCUCAGUCAACACCGGGCAAGUACCUGGCACGUCGGAGGCCCACCGAGAUAACACCUCCGACGAGGAACCUGGUGUCACCUAG